AUGCCAUCGCUUCGCUUCUUUUUGGCGUCACUGCUUAAGCAGCUGCUACGCCUUUUGCGGCCGCGAUUAAGAGAAUCGCCCUCCUUUUUCAAUGUUUUAUGGAUAUUCGUUCCAAUACUAGUUGGUCUCGCUAUUCUGAGCAACAUAAAACACAUGGACCAAUACACCUUAGCAACCCCUUACAAAAAGGGCCCCAUGCAAACUAAAGUUACAUCCACUUUGACCUCAAAUUGCGACUCCAUACUUAAAUAUGGCCGCUACAUUGAAGACGUUAACGAAUCGCCUUCAGGAUGGCAACCAGACGGGUGUGCCAUGAAAACUUACCGGUCCAUAGAAACUGACGACUUAUCCUCGUGUUUUAAACCCGGAGAUCAAGUCAUCUUUUUCGGCGAUUCAACUGUUCGCCAAGUUUUUUGGGGGUUCGCCAACACCCUUCAUCGGGGCUCUUUGCAAAAAAUGGAUAGUCAUGCCAAUUCUCAAAUCGUUGUUAACGGUGUCACAAUCACUCUUGUUUGGUCUUCUUACUUUAACGAAUCUACAGCCGGCAAUAUCCGGUCAAUUGCACGCAACGGUCUUAAAGCAAAUGAAAAAAUCCAGCCUUUGAAAUACAAUUUGGAUAUAAAUUACAAGCCAAAAACUUACCUUUAUAUGACUGCAGGAUCUUGGUUUGCUGGCAAGGAAGACCCUACCGUUGUAGCCAAGAGUUAUGCGGAAAAAACAAGCGCCAUUCUCAAAGAAAUCGAUAACCGUGUAGACGAUGCUUUUGAAGCAGUUUACUUUGCUCCACUUCUUAUUCCACACUACGAUUCGCUAGAUAGAAACCGUCAAAUAUCCAUGACUCAUAGCCAAAUCCAUUCUGUCGAAAGAAUUGCCGAUGAAUAUUUUAAUUACGUCCGCAUUAACGAGACCGUCAAAAGCCCUCUUGAACCAACUUUGUAUACUGGAGGUGUUAGAUAUCGGACCCGCAAAGGUCGUACAGAUCAGAUUUCAGCUUACUAUGUCCCUGUCUUUAACGAACUUUCUGCAGAAAAUCACCAAGGAUCCCAUGAUGAUAUGGGCAUUCAUUUCUGGGAACGUGGAUUCCUUAUCCAAGCAAACAUUCUUCUCAAUCAUAUGUGCAAUAAUCGCAUUGCUAAAGCAACUGGUAGACCACCAUCUGGAGCUACUUGCUGUGUGGAGUAUGAGGACUACAAAUACGGCACCAAACAUUCAAUCUUUAAACCGUCAAUCCGCCAAAUUUUUGACAAAAGUAUCUUGAUAAUCCCCCUUUUCGCUCUUAUAUUUGCAGCAUAUAGUUAUGAUAUAAACAUGGCUAUGCCAAUUUUUAAAGCCUCAGUUACCACUGUAGUUAUCCUUGGUCUUAUAACUGCUUGGGCUCGCAUCUCCAACGAAACACAGCUUAUUUCUAAAGUUUCGAUAUUUUAUAGCCCUACAGAAAUGUCUGGCUUACUACAAUUAUGGGCCAUUAUUUCAAUUCUUUCUAUUUUUUCUCUUACGCAAUACUUUUCUUAUGGCGUUGAAAAAAUUUCAACCAAAGUCACACAGCAGUCACGAUAUCGUCUCGCCAAACCUUUGUUGUUAGAACUACAAGGUAUCUGUGUUUCCCUUCUGCUUAUUAUCCAAUUCACAGGGUAUAAUAUCAUUCCGCACGUUUUUGAUGGCGAGCUUCUUACUCGGGUGUUUGUUAGUACUUGGUCUCUAGUGGAAUUAUACAUUUUUUGUCUCGAAUAUUUUGAUUCAUUCAAAUCAAUCCAAGUUGAUGGUCAAACUCCUCUUGCAAAUGCAACCUUAGAACAGGCAUACACUUUCCCGCUCCCAGUUUUUGCAAAAUCUUUUGCUCGAGUAUUAACUUUGCCAAUGCUUCUUUCAGUCAGUGUUACAUAUUCAGUCCGUGAUUCGCUUCCAGGUACUGUCCCACAAUCUUACAUUGAUCCUGCUUGCAAGCUUGGAUUUUGGUACAUUUUUGUUUAUUUUUGUUUUCCUAUGAUUAGCUUUAUGUCAAAGGCUUCCUUCGUCACUAUAAAAGAUUCAUUUACAAAGGAUAAUAAUCUCAACGAUUUGGAAACAGACUCUUCCGUGAUUCAGACUCUUCCUAGUAUUCAAUUUGGAAUUCAAACUUCAAUGCUUAUUCUUGGCUCUUCUAUUCCUCAGCUUUUGAUGCCUGUUAUUAUUAGUUUUAUCGAUAUAGACCCCUUUAAUAACUUUGUUCGAGCCCUGAUUUCUAUAUAUGAUGACUACUGGUCAAUGCUUUUCGCAAUCUGGGCGGCUCUAUAUUCAUGCACACAAAUCUUUAUUUCUAACAAAAAUGUUGCUGAUGCUGCAUGCCCCACACCCAUGAUUUUUGCUGCUGCAGGGUUUGCAUUACUAGGCAUUUUUGAUAUCGGUAAAUAUGCUUUUGAGUACUACCUGCCCGAAUCCGAGGCUGGUGUAACACACCCCAUUUCAUUUAUCGACCGUCACCAAGAGCCCUACAACUUGCUCCUGGAUGCGCGUGGCCGUGACUAUACAGCUCUGGCUCAUACUGUUUUUGUUAUUGGUGGUACUUGUGCUUAUUUCAUUAUCCGUUUAGGUCUGCUGCGAUACACUCGCAAAAAGAUUCAGAGCCGCCCACAAAUGAUUCAGUACUUUUACAUUGAUUGCUGGGUUCGUAUGGCAAAAUUUGGAUAUGAGUUAUUGGAACUGUAUCCAUAUGUUUUCCUUGCUCUGAGUGGAACAGUUAGACUUCAUUAUCUGCCUACUGGUAUUGUGCACUCGUCACUGUUGACUCGCACUUAUGGGUUUGUGAGUCAAAAAUUUGUUUUCCCAUAUUUCAAAUGGCGUUUGAUUGAAAAGGUUCGUAAAACUGCCUCAAUAUUGCUUUCGCUGACCGUAUUGUUGCUGCUGGCACAUGGCGCAGCGUCGGUUUGGAACAAUCACAUUAUGAGGGUUAGUGCGGACGACUUUGAAGAAGUGAAGGAGGAAGAAGAAAAGGAAGUAGAUGAGGAGAAAAGACAAAAUGGGGAUAUGCAACAGGAUACUGGUAUUAUACUUGCCAUUAAUGUUGCGGAGAACUUGGCUAAUGGAUCGGUUCUAUUUGAACAACAAGAAGAAGGGUUGGUGAUGAUGACCCCUGAGGAGGAGAGUAAAGAAGUUUCACAAGAUAAUAGUUCUGGGAAGCUUGAAUGA